AUGAGGUGGUUUGGGGUCCUCGGGCUGGUGGCCCUUUCAGAAUGCUUAGUCACAAUCCCUCUGACAAGGGUCAAGUCCAUGCGAGAAAACCUCAGGGAGAAAGACAAGCUUCGCGAUUACCUUGAGAAGCAUCCUUACAACCUGGCCUACAAGUUUGUGGACUCUGCAGAUCUGGACCAGGGGAUAUAUUACGAACCCAUGAGGAACUACCUGGAUCUGGCCUAUGUCGGCACCAUCAGCAUUGGAACGCCCCCACAGGAGUUCAAGGUCAUCUUUGACACAGGCUCGACGGACUUGUGGGUGCCCUCCAUCUACUGCACCAGCCCUGCCUGCUCUAAUCACAAUGUCUUCAACCCUCUGCUGUCCUCCACGUUCCGGGCCUUGGGACGGCCCAUCCACCUCCAGUACGGCACUGGGAUGAUGUCAGGAUUUCUUGCUUAUGACAACGUUCAGUUCGGGGGCCUCGUUGAUGAAUCUCAGGCAUUUGGCCUGAGCCUGAGGGAACCCGGCAAGUUCAUGGAAUAUGCAGUCUUUGACGGCAUCCUGGGCCUGGGCUACCCCAGCCUUGGCCUCCAAGGGAUCACCCCCGUCUUCGACAACCUGUGGAAACAAGGUCUCAUUUCUGAGGAGCUCUUCGCCUUCUACUUGAGCAAAAAGGAGGAAGAGGGCAGCAUGGUGAUGUUCGGUGGUGUGAACCACUCCUACUACAGUGGAGACCUCAACUGGGUGCCCGUCUCCAGACCCCUCUACUGGCAGUUAACCAUGGACAGCAUCUCCAUGAACGGGAAGGUUAUUGCUUGUGAUGGUGGCUGUGAGGCCAUUAUUGACACCGGAACCUCGUUGCUGAUCGGCCCACCUGACGUUGUCUUCAACAUCCAGAAGAUCAUUGAUGCCGAGCAGUCCUACAGUGGCGAGUACAUGAUUAACUGUACCGCCAUCAACACUCUGCCUGACAUCGUCUUCACCAUCAACGGCGUCGACUACCCAGUGCCAGCCAGUGCCUACAUCCGGGAGGAUCACCAGGGCACCUGCUACAGCAACUUUGAUGAAGGCACAGGCGGCCUCUUGCUCUCGGACUCCUGGAUUCUGGGUGAUGUCUUCCUGAGGCUGUAUUUUACCGUCUUCGAUCGCGCCAACAACACGAUUGGCUUGGCUCCGGCCGUGUAAAUGCAGGCGCUGCUUCAGGACGCAGCCACGCCCGCCCCGCACACGCGCGCGUGUGUGCACACACACGCACUCACUCGGCGCAUUCCUGCCCCAGGGCCAGCCGGAGCUCCGUCUGGGGCUCUGCAAAGCCCGCUCUCAGAAGAGAAUAAAAGACCUCAUUUUCCAUAGUGCUGACGUGAACGAGCGCCUCUCUUUGGAUCGGGGUGGGGGUUGCAUCGGAAUCGGGCACGACUCCAAAUCUAGCGGGGACCGCCCGUGAGGGGAGCCCAGCGCCAGCUGGGGGAGCUACCGGAAGGCUCCUGGGGACCCAGGAUGCAAGAGCCAGAGCAGGUCCACAGGGCUCGGUGACCCAGGAAAUCAAAACCAUCUGCUCAUUCUUUCUCUCCCUUCCUCUUUCCCUUCUGUCAUCUUUCAUCCUCUUCGCCCUGCGAGUUUCUUUCCUCAGUCUUCUACGAGCGGUGAAAGACCUCACUCCUGCCCGCCUCGGGGAUUUCUAGCCUUAAGGGAUGCAAAGCCAAAGGAAGAAACCCUGGAGGGCAGCUU